AGCACUUGGAAACGUGCACAGAGAGGACACCGACGUGCACUGUUUGAUAUAAAAGAUAUAGUAUAGCAGUAUAGCACAGCCGCAUUCUUGUUUAACCUCGAAACCGAAGAGGAUGGAAAUGGAGGCUGAUGUGUUAGGCGUGAGAAUAUCUCCUCCGUUUGUGGAGUUUUUGGACGCCAAAGCCGGACAAUUGUACAAAGCUUCCGUGACAGUUCAAAACAUCAGCAAAUCUGGCAAAAGAUUACGAAUACACGGACCUCUGUCCAAGCUCUUCAGGUUGACGGUGUUGAACCCAGACAAACCUGUUGCUCCCGGACUGUCCCUGACUGCAACAGUGGAGUACUCUCCGGAGACAGAUGAAAACAACAGAGACAGAUUGAUCCUCCUAUCCGAAGAAGAUGUCAUUGAGAUCCCUGUUUUAGCAUUUUGCCCGACCUGUUUUCUUGAGAUGGACUUGGAAGUUGACUUUGGCACCGUGGUGGCAAACAGUAAGGUUAUCAGCAAGGAGAUUGAAAUUAUGAACCACGGAUCUGCACCAGGCACAUUCAAAAUCACAUACAAAGGGGCAUCACCUAUCACCAUUGUACCCACCAGCGGAACUGUUGAGCCUGAAACAAUUCAGAAAAUUAGAGUUGAGUUUUGUACACAUCAAUCAAGGACUGUCAAUGAACAAGCAAGAGUUCAACUGCAGAGAAGUGAGGACAAAGUCUUACAGAUAAAAGCUGACGUGGUGGAGCAGGCUCUAGAGGUAUUGGACCCCACCAGCGAGAAGAGGCUCGAGUGUGUGUGGUUCGGGCCGGCCUAUUUCGGUACAUCCAAGCUGCAGCGAGUGGUCCUCUUCAACAACAGCCCCCAGGCCUCUGACUGGGUGGCCGUGCUGCAAGAUGACGCUGUGGGUGCUGAACUGGGCACUGAUACAGAACAGAGCACCGAUGCCGCGUUGCUGGAAAUGAGACUGGGAAACGACAUUAAAGAAGUGGACGCUUCAGCCGUGAUAUCUUGUGUUCCCAAUGAAGGGAAGCUAGGUCCCUAUGAAAAGACAACAAUCUCCUUAUGCUUCAGUCCCGUCUACUGCAGGGAUAAUGGAGAUGACACUAAUUCUGCUGAGCCUGCAAAACAGGACUAUGCCCUUUUCAUGAAAUUUGAGAUUGUUGGCAGCAAAGAUAGCUUCAUUCAGCAUGAGGUCAAUGGAAUACUUCCCAGCAGAGAUAAUAAACGGAGCUGCGUUGAAUUAGCCAUAACAGGGACUGGGCUCUCAGUAUCACUGAUACCUGUUCCAGGACCGUGCUUCAGUUUUGAUGAGUGCCAUAUGGGGGAACGUGUUGAUGUCCUUUGUGUGCUCAACAACAGAUCCACCUUGCUUCCUGUGGCCUUUAAAUUCCGUAAAACUGCAAAUUUCAUCAUCUCUCCUUCAAAAGGGAAAAUUGAUGCUGGAUUGCAGCAGGAUGUAAUGUUUUCCUUUGCACCACAUCAGAUAGGAUCUUUUAAAGUGAAUCAGCUUAUAGAUAUAUUGGGCCAGGUGUCUGUGCUGGACAGCUCCUCCAUUCAGAUGACCUUCAGGCCUUUUCAUCAGAUAAGUCUUAGCUUUACUGGUAUCUGCAAACCUCUAACCAGAAAGAUACAACCCAGGUUUAACAGAGGCAUAACACCUGCAGUCACCAAUGAAACAGGGCAGGGUGUGGAAGUAGGCACAGAUGAGCUGGCUAAAUGUUCUGCCUCAGUUCGGAUGGCAGUGCUAAGUGCCACUAAGUCAAAUAUUCACACCCAGAAGAGAAGCAGGAGCUUGGACAGAAACUAUCUGAUAGCUUUUCCCAAUGAUCGCUCUGCCAGUAUACGGCCUCACUCCAGAAAUGAGCACUACAGGUCAAUUUUUACAAAAGUGGAAAGGUACAAUUACGUGGACCCAGAUUUUGCCUAUACCGAAGAAGAAGAGAGGCAGAGAAAAGCACAUAAAGAUUAUUACAUUCAGUUCAUCCAGAAUCUGAGAGAAACGCGUCUUCAAAAGGCAAAAGAAAGAGAGCUUGCGGAUGUCAAAGAUGAAGUAGACAUAGGUAUCAAACCAGCGGCAGGACUGCGGCCCAGAAGACUUUCACUUCGUGACAUGGAAUUGGAACCAAAAGAAGAAUGGCCUUCUCUAAGGAGAAGCAGACUCUUAACUACUUGUACCUUGGCUGCAAUAGAAACACAAUCCACAUCCAGAUGUGUCACUGAAGGGUUUAAUGUUAUUCCUUCAACCACUCAAGAAAUAGAAGACUGCAGCAAAACCUUAACAGCACAGCAACUUCAUCAAGUUAUCAUUGGACCUUCCACUGUAGACUUUGGUGAAGUCUGUGUGCAGUCAGUCUCUUCAAGACAGCUGAACAUUGUCAAUAACUUGCCCGUACACGUCUGGGUGCAGGCUGAGAUCGAUUGUCAGGAGCUGCAACAAUCUAGUCCACUGUCCCAUGUUGUACCACCUUUUUCCAGAGCUCUUCUGCCCUUUGUGUUUGAGACAAAUAAAUUGGGCAAGUUCCAGAAGUCGAUUACCUACACAGUUAACAAGAAGCAUACAGGCCACGUUCUGGUUCUGGCCACUGUUAUCCCUGUAGCUUUGGAGCUGUCUACCUCGGAGAGAGUUCUGACCCCUACGCACAGCUUCUUGGCCGAGUCUGGAUACAGAACCACGGUCACACUACACAACAGAAGAAACCACCUGGCGGAGUUCACCUGGAAGCCUAUCAUCACUGAACGUGGCAUAGCGUUCUCCAUUCGACCUGCCACUGGCGCAGUGGAGGCCUACAAGGAUUUGGAGUGUGAAGUGGUGUGGCAUCCAUCAUACUUCUCCCCACAGGAGGGCCACUUCGACCUGUGUGUUCACCAUGGCAACACCACUAGGCUCAGAUGUGUUGCCAAGAUUGGUCGAACAAAUGUGCAGUUGACUAAGAAGCACUUAGUAUUUGAUGGCGUUGCGCUCAAUUUCACCACCGUCAAAACAGCUGUUCUUCAAAACACAGGUCAAAACCACGCAUAUUUUCAGGUCCUGGAUGUGUACCCGCUGCCCGGGAUGAUGGUGACGCCCUCUGAAGGGGUCGUGCCGGUGGGCGGUCAGACCGAACUCCGGGUGCACUUCACCCCUGGCGCAGUCAUGAAAUUCGACACCAGAGUGGAGAUUGCAUUACGAAACAUGAAGUCUCUGGAAUUGAGAAUAGGUGGAUCCGUGGAACCCCCUGAAGUAGACAUAAAUGUGAAGAGUUUCAACUUCCAUGGGGUCCAUUCCGGCUCUACACACGCAAUUCCAUUCGGCCUUCGGAACAAAUCCUCCAACAGAGCAAGAGUGGAGUUUGAUUUCUCAAAGUACCCAGACUUUGCAAUAAAGUUCGGCAAUUGUCCCGGUAAAGCUGUAUAUUUGUAG